UUCCUAGAAUUUCGACGAUUCCAGUAAACAUGGUGGUGAGCCGGCGAUGUGCGGUAAAAUUGGUGAGGGAGAGAUGCGGGCCUCGGUGAUCGUCAUUGUUUGGAGGGGCUUUUAGCUCUGCUAUUUCCGAGUCAUAGUCGGGGACCCUCUGUCUUUCUUGCCAGUUCUCUCUUUUGCAACAUUUUUUAUCAAAGCAGAUAUGCUAUUGAAUACACUCUCUAGAUCGUCAAGAAGCCAAUUGAGGGCGCAAUGGAGCCUCGCUUCUUUCAAGCGCCAGCGCAGUGCUCCCUGGAGAGGCAUAGCUGCGGUAGCUGAUGCGCCUGAUACAUCCACUCUUCCCCUGGCGGGCAUAAAAGUUCUGGAUAUGACAAGAGUCUUGGCUGGUCCAUAUUGCACGCAGAUUCUAGGAGACCUUGGCGCAAACAUUAUCAAAAUAGAGCAUCCAACACGUGGAGACGAUACUAGAGCUUGGGGGCCACCGUAUGCGAAGCACAUAAAGGGAGACCAUGUGGAUGGGCCUGGGGAGAGCGCCUACUUCCUGGCGGUCAAUCGAAACAAGAAGUCUUUGGGUCUCUCAUUUGCGCAUCCGUCUGGGGUAGAAAUACUUCACAAAUUGGCCAGGGAAUGUGACGUCCUAGUCGAGAACUACAUACCUGGCGCGCUGAAGAAAUAUGGCAUGGAUUUCGAGUCGUUGUCGAAAAUCAACCCAGCAUUGAUCUACGCAAGCAUAACGGGCUAUGGGCAGACAGGCCCAUACAGUAACCGUGCGGGAUACGACGUUAUGGUAGAAGCGGAAAUGGGCUUGAUGCAUAUCACUGGCGAACGAGAUGGACCACCUGUGAAAGUUGGCGUUGCCGUCACAGACCUGACCACCGGAUUGUACACUUCGAACUCGAUCAUGGCAGCGUUGCUGGGACGAGCAAAGACCGGGAAAGGACAGCAUAUUGACGUGGCGUUGAGUGAUUGCCAGGUCGCCACGCUUGCCAACAUUGCGAGUUCGGCACUGAUUAGUGGCAAGAAGGAUUCUGGUCGUUGGGGAACCGCACAUCCGUCAAUCGUUCCAUACAAAGCAUUCAAAACAGCCGAUGGUGACAUCCUCAUCGGCGGCGGCAAUGAUCGACUGUAUGGGGUUCUUUGCACCAAGAUUGGCAAACCAGAGUGGACAACCGAUGACCGCUUCAUCACGAACGCUGUGAGAGUGAAGAAUAGGGUUGUCUUAGAAGGUCUGAUCGAAGAAGAGACCAAGAAGAGGACCACGCAAGAGUGGCUAGAUGUUCUUGAGGGCUCUGGAAUGCCGUACGCUGCUAUUAACGACAUUCAAGCAACCCUAAAACACGAGCAUGUGCUUGCUCGAGAUAUGGUCAAAGAAGUGGACCAUCCUACUUGCGGCCCGAUGAAGCUGGUCAAUACCCCAGUCAAAUACUCGUUCUCGAAACCCAGCAUAAGAAGUGCACCGCCCACACUUGGACAGCAUACAGAUGAGGUGCUGAAAGACCUAGUGGGUUUAUCUGAGAGUGAUAUCGAGAGUUUGCGAAAUGAUGGAGUUGUUGCAUGAUGGGUAGUCAGAAAACAUGCCUGUUAUAUAUAGAACUUAGCCACAUAAAGUAUAUCUCACGAAGUCUUGCGCUACGUUUCAAUACUUUUUUACCACG